GGUAAGUCUGAUCGUCCUGCUUGCGGCAUCGGUAGUACCAGAACACUAAUGGAAGGCUCUCCCGAAGACGCAUUCGCGACGCUAGAUCGAGCCGGGGUUUUUCGUGGUGUCAAGGUGUGGGGAAAAACGGUCGAUCAGCGCGUGAGAACUGUCAUAAACAGCGUGAAGCCGGAAAUGCGCGGACUUCCCAUCUUUGGUUUUUUUGAUGCCGAUGACGAACAGCAACUCCCUCUCGCAGCAGAAAAAGUCGCGGCGGAAGGCGAGUAUAAGGAUCUCGAAGAUGCCGAGGCCAUCGCGGAACAACGCCUAAAGGACUACACUGAGCUGCAGGCGAAGGCAAAGGCAGAAACUGACGGGCAGGAGGCACAGAGGCUUCGCCAGGAGAGGACGGCUUUGUAUGCAUGGCAACAGCUGCACCGUACUCGCAGUACUUGCGAUUAUAUUGCAUCGUAAGUAGUGCCAGAUCUCGCAGCACUUGCAAUAAAUGUGUGGCAAACUUCUCCUGUGUUUUCCCGGGCAAAUAUUAAACAAACUGUCAUUAUGCAUUUUUUGCCGGUGCGAUGCAACUUUUGCCACGCAUACUUUGAUGGAGCGAAAGAAAGCUGCGAAAAGGAAACACGACGAGCUCGACGCAGCUUGUUCGAAAGCGCAGCAAGCCCGUAUCAUAUUGAAAAGUGCCCCUACCCCAGAGAAGAUGCAAAGUUGCGCUAUAUGAAAGUAACAAGCUGCGACGCCGAAGGGCUAAGAUCAGUUGCGUUUGUCGCAGUCGCGUUGAAGCUACAAAACUAGCUGGGACUUUGAAACAAAGUGACACUCGCUUUCCUUCGUAGUUAGCGCUAAUCACCAUUCCGAAAUCUAUCAUGCCCCAAGGACUCGGCCGCGAAGCCUAAGUGAUUGACCAUGGGUUGUUGAGGCGCAUAGGGAUCCCCGUAAUACAUAAAGCUUCCAUGAUAAUGUAUGAUUUGAUGGUAAGUUUGCAACGCAUCAAACUCUUCGGGCCACUUCUCAUGCUGAUAACCCGCGAGAACAACCGAAGGCAUGGAGCUCGAUUCGUUAGACCGAGCAACGGUGUGAGAACUACGCGCACAAGCAGGACCCGGGGCGCAACGAGUUCUGCCCUCAGCACGGGAUCUCAAUACUAUGACGCGCGCAUUUCCGAGCUCGAAACUUCUGGCCAUGGCGGCAUCACAGCCCUGGGCUUUCAGGGUGCUGUGGAAGCCCGGGCUGCAGGCAGGUACCACCGCAUAUCAACUGCAAAUAUGUCUGGGACUGCAAAAAUGCAUGCGGACGUCCGUGAUGGACGAGGUGUAGCACCUUCACGGGAUCUGAGGGCGCUCUUCCAUGCCUAAUUUGCCUGAGAAAUCCCCUCGUUGCAGCGUGGAAAGGGGUGCGUGACUCUUCCUGCUCACCAGGCACUGCAAGUUUUUCUCGUCUGACUGACAGUUAAGUACAUCAUCUAGCAUUCAACACCGCAUGCAGAACCAGACAUAUUUGCACUGCACACCAUGGCUCCAAAGACGAAACAAUCCGAGACAGCUGGGACGAGUUCGGACGCAACCGCUAUAGUGACCGCCAAAGAGAAAACGGGCACAGGCCCGAGUAUGACUUCGAGUUUGAUACGUUAAGUGCCGAAGCUCGCAAGCGCAUUCGCCUAAGUGAAGGUCUACAGCAGAUGUUGCAAAGCGUCUCCAACCUCGUGCAGGAGGCCCUAAAGAAGGUCGAGCAAAAGCACAUGGCUGCCACUGGUGCGAACAAGGAGAGCACAAGCGCGAAGGAGCGGCUGCUGCUGAAGCUAGAGAGGGGGGCAACAGAUAGAACGAAAACAGAACCCUCUCUGAAAUACUCGAGC